UCUGAUAAAACAAAAACAAACUUGAGCAUUGAACGAGAUUAGGUUUUGUAAUUUGUAAUUUAUUAAUCGUAUGGUAGUCUGUUGGAUAUGCUUGAUUUAGGCAAAGGAAGUUACACGUUUUAAUAAUAAGCUGGGAAUAGAUUCAGAUUACAGCUGUUGGAAAAAUAUGAAUUGAUCAUUGGUUUUUUUGAAAUUUUGCAAUUUUAUUGAGCACGACAACCUGUAAGUACAGACUUGGAUCAAAUCAACAAAGUUUUUUUUUUGGAUUCGCUAGGACGAAUGUGUUAAGUAUUAAAAAAUCAAAAAAAAGUAAAGUGUAGGACAUGGAACAAGCACCCGAAAGAUGUCGACUCUGCCUAGAUCCGAUUGUCGAGCAUAUUUACUCUAUGAAAAAUGCAGAACUAAAAUCAAAAAUAGAUCGUAUUUUUCCCUUCGAACUUGAACUCAAAGAAGGAUUACCUACAAGCAUUUGCAGUUCCUGUUCCAAUACCAUUUUAGAGUUUGACCUGUACGUGCAGAAAGUUCGGCUGAAUCAGGAAAAGUUAACCGCCAUCGACUGCAAAUGGUCAUUUGAGCAGAUCAAAAUCGAACCAACGGAGCAAUUUGAGCCGGUCAUUUGUGUGGAGAUAAGUCAGCACGAAUUGAAAUCUGAAAGAUCAGACGAAGAAACCAUUCGUGAGGAAAUGGCAGUACUUGAGCACGUUCCACUAGAACAACCAAACAAGAAAAAAUUCCGUAAUAAACGGAUCUGCGAAAAAAGGAAGCCGAUCAAAAUUGUUUCAAAAACAAAGGAAAAGAAACCCAAAAAAAUUUACAACAUCAAAUCGAAACUGGAACAAGAACAAGAUGAUGUGAUAAUCAAAGAAUUCUAUAAAUUAGUUUGCGAUAUUUGCGGGGAACCAGCUACAAAUUUUUCCACGCUACUUUCGCAUUUUCGAACUGUUCAUAACCAACCGGGUUACAUAAAAUGUUGUAAAAGAAAGAUUGUGAAACGUUGUCAUCUGCUUCAACACAUGGCUCUACACACGAAUCCCGAAUCAUUUCGAUGUGAGGUGUGCUGUAAAAAUUUUGCGAACAAAGAGUAUCUGAAGAUACAUCAGGCUAAGGCGCACGGCACUGAAAAGGACAGGCCAUUCAAAUGCAACCAAUGUGCACAAUCCUUUUCCAGGGAGUAUCUGCUUCGUGCUCACGUGGUAACUCACAAGAAGGUACAGUGUCCGCACUGUAGCAAGUUUCUAGCGAGCAAAUCGGUGCUGAACGCUCAUAUUGUUAAAGUACACAGCGAUUUGGAUCGGCGAAUGAUUUGUGACACUUGUGGGCGGGAAUUUCUGAGUCAAGUUUGCUACGAACACCAUGUCAAGAAACAUUUGGGAAUCAAGGUUGUAGAGGAGAAGCUUAAGUGCGACGUUUGUGACAAGUGGUUUAUUGGAAAGCGCGGACUUCAGCGGCAUAUUCGAUUCAUGCAUUACGAAAGUGAGCAAACGCAUAUCUGUGAUGUUUGUAACGGACAGUAUCCAAAUUCAAGAGCACUGCGAAUCCACAAGAGUACCGUGCACGUGGAGGCAGCUUUCGGUUGCGAAAUUUGCGGCAAAAAGUUCAAACAAGCAAUCUCGCUAAAGGAACAUCGAGCUAAUCACACGGGCGAGGCGUUAUACAGCUGUGAUUUCUGUGAAGCCAAGAUGAAUUACAAUGGGAAUCUCUACAGCCAUUUAAAGAAGUAUCACCCAGUGGAAUGGGCUGCAAAGAAAUUGCAAGUACUUAAAACUAAUGAACCCAAAACUAAGGAAUGCCCGAUAGUUCGCCACACGCCGCUGACAGAUAUCACAGAAGAAUUCCUGUGCCUUUUCGUAGUGGGAAUGCUGCAGGUGAUCCUGCAGUCCUCGUUCCCCCUUCAACCAGCUUUGGCAGAUUUGACACUGAUACUUCUUCACCGGAUCGAUUCCCAGGUGCUCCUGGACGUGACGCUCAAAGAAAAAGUGUUUUUGUGGAAAAUUGCUGCAAUAGUGAUUCUAAACAUGGAAACAAGGAGCCCCGGGUGUCGACUUUGCUUAGAGGCAGUUUCUGAAAAUUACUGCUCUAUAGAAAAUGCGCAACUUAAAGAGCAACUGAAAACAGUGUUUAAUUUCACGGUUGAUUUCAGAGAAGGAUUUCCCAACAAUAUAUGUGAAAUAUGCUCACGGACCAUAUCCGAGUUCUACCGAUUUUCGAAAAAAGUCCUUCAGAAUCAGAAACAACUGACCGAUAAAAUCAGCGACAAAUCAAGACUUACGUCAAAUAACGCAGCAUUUGAAUAUGUUAAGAUUGAACCGACGGAAGAGGUAGAACCUACCGAAUGCCUCGAGCUCAGUUUAAGUACGGUCGAACCUAAGGAUCAGCUACCGGAACGAGACGAGCUAAGUGAUGACGAGGAAUCAAUUGCCGGAGAACUGACCGACAAGUCGUACGAACCAUUAUCUGAUGACUCAAAUGAACCACUGGUGAAGCUAAAAACAAAGCGUUUUCGGCCUGAAAAUGAUCGUUCUGCCCACAAACAACAAGAAGAUAAACAAAUUGCAGAAUUCUACCAAAUGGUUUGUGAUUUAUGCGCAUUUAUGGCAACAAAUUUCCCUGAUUUGAGAGCUCAUUUUAAAAAGGUUCAUGGGCGUUCUGCAUACGUUGUUUGUUGCAAGAAAAAAAUACCCUCGAAGCGUAGCCUACUUGAACACAUAACUGUGCACAAAAAUCCGGAUGUAUUUCAGUGUGAAGUUUGCAAAAAGCGGUACAAAACUAAGGAAUCCCUGACAGUGCAUCUGGGUAAAUCUCAUGGUAUUGGAGUUGAGCGACCGUACAAGUGCGAUCAGUGUUUGCAGAGUUUUCCAAAACAGACCACCCUCGAUGCGCAUAUGGAAAUGCACAUAAAAAUGCAAUGUCCGCACUGUAAUCAGAUGGUAGCUAACAAGCAUUGCCUUAGAGCGCACAUAAAGAACAAACACAGUGAAAUUGAUCGCAAAAUGGUUUGCGACACUUGCGGACGGGAGUUUCUUAAUAAAUUAAGCUUUGAGCGGCACGUGAUGAAACACCAAGGAAUCGAGGUAUUGAAGAAGGUGCAGUGUCAAAUUUGUCAACGCUGGAUCAAAGGAGAACGGGGACUGCAGCUGCACAUGUUCAACAUCCAUUAUGAAGGAGUGCAGACCUGUGAUAUUUGUCAGCGACAAUGUCCAAAUACGCACGCACUGAAAAGGCACAAACGGAUUGUCCACGUGGAAGAGAAGUUCGAGUGCGAGUUUUGUAACCGUAAGUUCAAGCAGGCGAUCAACUUGAAGGAACAUCGGACGAUCCAUACUGGAGAAGUGUUGUAUUCCUGCAAAUACUGCGGCAAAUGCACUAAUUCUAAAGCGAACCUUUAUGUGCAUAUCAAGAAAAAUCACCCUGUUCAAUGGGCAGAGAAACGGUUGAAUGCGAUGGAAAGCAACGAAUGUGCAGCAUAGUUAUCAUAUGUGUUCAAGUCGAACACUGACCAAAUUGGACGAUUUUGGUCUCUAUACACCCUACAAACGGUGAGCCUGAACGUUGUGUACGGUUUAUGUCCUUAUGUCGUAUGGUCUACGAAAAAACGUCAGUGUUGGUCAGUUUAUUUUCAAGGAAAUACAUUUAUUUAAACUCCAA